GGGUGCCUUCUUGCUGAUACUUAAAGACCAUUGCGGCUAUGUCAAUGGGCAACACCUAGCUUACUGUCAAUGCCUGCGCGCAAAAACCCACUUCAAAUAGCAAUGGUACUCGAGAAAGUCCACGAGGCUGCUCAGAAGGCCAAGGACGGUGUACGCAAUGUUGCUGAAUCCGCUGCUAAAUCUGUGUCUGAAGAAACUGGAGUCGAAAUCGAGACAAAGUAUGUUGAUGUUGUGAUCAAGUUUAUAGGUGCUUCUGGUCUCCCAAAGAUGGACGUGGUAGGCUCCGCUGAUCCAUAUUUUAUCGCAAAGAUCGAUCACAAGAUUUCAAUCGUAUCGACGGUCCAGAGCAACACCCUUUCACCAGUAUGGAAUGAGACCUGGAAGGUCCGAAACGUCCCGACCAACGCCAAUCUACAAGUGGAAGUGUUGGACAAGGAUAAUGCGCCAGUUGACGACUACAUUGGAAAGUUCCAUACCACUAUUUCUCCAGGGACUAAGGAGGUUGAAAUUGAAGGACCCCUAUUCAAGCGCACGAGAGGAACAUUUUGGCUCAAGAUUGAGUCCUCGCCAUCACCCAACGACGCGAAGUCACAUUCAUACAUAUUUGACGGACCUAUACGAUAUUCUCGCCAUAAUUCCCCUACAGUUGGCUUUCUCACUAAUACCCACGACACUCGUCUAUAUUCGACAUGGAAGAUUUACUUAAAAGGCGUCCCACUAUUCUUUAGUGACCGCGUACAACACUGGAACUGUAAUUACAAGGCUGCGCAGACUAUAUUCCAGGGUCCUGCGUCGAUAGCCGUGCGUACCACGAUACAAGCUGGGCACCACAUGCUGUAUGCACGGAGUACUUCCAAUGUAUUUGGUGUGAUCAGUUCGGCUGAUGACGUGUAUAACUUGCUUCACGGCGGUACACGUACCGGGGGCACAGGACACGAUCUCUUUGCGCACCGCGUCAAGCCUGCUGUAUACACCUAUAUCAUUUCCGCAGAAGACGACUCGUUCCGGUUUUCGGAGACCGGAGCAGCAUUCUUCGUUGACUUUGCGUCUAAACAUGCACUGCACAGCAACUGCGCACAGACGGUGCGAUAUAGCGGCGAAUUCCAUCCUCGCCCGGAAGGAGGAUGGGAGAAGUUCACGGAUGAAACACCCGAUCAUCAUGUGAAAUGGGAGUUGGUUAUCGAUAAUAGCUCUGGGACGUAUUCACCUGAUCCAAAGGUACUGCCCGACCUGAAAGCACUCUUGGAGUACAACUUUCCCGGGUUCACGAUCUUUGCGCUCAAUUACGAUGAUCCGGAGCUGGAAAGAAGCAGGGAGGCAUGCAGGGCGUAUGCGCUGAAGCACCGGGGUGUGCAGGAGCGGGAGCUGCAGCCACAUGCUGGUGAGGGUGAAGAGACGCUAUGGCUUCGCGUCUCCGCCAGGAGAACUUGAUGAUCGAGCUUUACUAACUGACUGAUUUUCUGAAGGACGGUGGUUCCAUUGUUUUGAGCGAAAGAGGUGCCGGCUACGGACUACAGUGUGACAGGGCUGGGGUGUUUAUGAUUAUGAUAUGGAUUAUGUAGAGUAGUGUUGUAAUAUCAAACGGGGUUCUUUUACGAAGA